AUGUACGGUCUCAAAAUCACUGCGAUCGCCGCUGUCUGCGCCUCUAUGGUUGUUGCGGUUCCGACUCACAAGAACGAGGACUCUUGCGGUCACAGUUCGUUCUGGUAUGGUCGUAAGAGUGUAUGCUUGCCCAACAACGAUAAAGAUAGGUGCGACCCACCCAAGGAUCGGGAUUGCGGAAAGUGGUACUGGAACAAGAAGUUCAAAUAUUGCGUCCCCUCGUCCCCAACGUACGGGGAUGCCGGAUGCUCUGAUGGAUGGAAAUGGGACGACGAAGACGACUCGUGUGUGCCCACAUACUCUCGGCCCACACCUCCUGGUCAAUGCAACUCCUCUCACUUCUGGUGGAAGAGCAAGUCUACUUGUCUUCCUUAUGGUGGUGACUCCAAGCCAUCUAACCCUCCUAAUGGAUGGAACUGCCCCAAGAAGUGGUACUGGCACUCGCGGGGCACUGCGCUCCUCGCAAGCCUGACUACGGAAGCCCUGAAUGCGAUAGGAAGUACGGCUGGGACAAUGAUGAUCUCUGCUGCAAGCCCAAUCGCUACUAAAUCGCCCCUCGAAUGGUGA